CCUCUGCUUAAUCAUCAUCUUCUUCUCUCACCAGUCACCAUGGAUCCUCCUGUUACAGCUGCAACUUCUAUCUUUCUCGAGGCUGCUUAUGAUGGCACACUCAGACGAUUCAAAAGAUGUGCAGCUGACCUAGGCCAUUUACUUAGAGAUGGGAUACCAGCAAUAUUGGAGAAUGCUAAAGACGAUGAUGGUAGACGUGCUAUUCAUCAUGUGGCUGCUGGAGGGAAUGUUCAAGUUCUUAAGUACUUGAUUGAGGAAAUCAAACUUGAUAUUGAGGUCGAGGAUAAUUCAGGUGAAACUCUCCUAAACUGGGCAACUAUAGAAGGGCGCUUGGCUGCUGUGGAAUAUCUUCUUCAAAUGGGUGCCAAUCCUGAAGUACCAAAUGAUUUAGAUUGUAGUCCUUUGCAUCAUGCCGCUAUGAGAGGGCAUACAGAAAUCAUACCCUUGUUACUUUCAAAAGGUAUAAAUGUGGAUGUUACGAAUGAACUUGGCUCACCGCUACAAUAUGCUGCUGCCCAUGGCUACCACGAUGUUGUUAAAGUUCUUCUGGAUCAUGGUGCCAAUCCAAAUUCGCUCUUCCAUGAUGCAUUGACUCCACUUCAUUCAUCUAUCCAUUCACAAUCUUUGCAAUGCGUGGUGUCAUUACUGAAGGCAGGUGCUGAUCCUAAUCUAGGACCAGAUGGAAAACCUCUGACUAUAGCUGCUGAAGUGGGGGUAAUACAAAUCAUUAAGCUGCUGCUUGAAGCUGGUGCUGAUCCAAAUGCUACACAAAUGCACGGACUAAAGUCAAUAGAAAUCACAGCUGUUAAAGAUAAUCGUCGAGGUGUUGAGAUUCUUUUUCCUGUGAGUUCUCCUAUUCCAUCAUAUGUUGACUGGAGCAUAGACGGAAUAAUGAAGCAUGUGAAAUCUGUGAAAUUUAUGGAAAAGCUAAUUUGUAAAGCUGAGGAGUAUUUUCUUGAGUUAAAAUCAAGGGGAACAAGUGCAUUUCAGAGGAAGGAGUAUUCGCGGGCAGUAUAUUGGUACUCAGAGGCCCUCAUAAAGAAACCUGCCGAUGCAGCUGUGUUAUCCAACAGGAGUCUCUGCUAUGUGUAUUUAAAUAAAGGAGAUUUUGCUUUGGAAGAUGCUACUAGAUGCAAGUUGGCAAGACCAGACUGGCCUAAGGCGCAUUAUAGAGCAGGCGUAGCACUCAAAAUGCUGAAUAGGCUUGAUGAUGCAGCAGAUGCUUUUUUCAAAGGUUUGAAACUGGAUCCUAAUAAUAAAGAGCUUGAAGAUGCAUUCAGGGGGGGUUUCUCUAGACAAGUUGAAGGCCAUCAAUGUCCCACUUUAGAUAGAGAGGGUGGUAAUAUGCCCGGCGUUUGGAUACCUUUUUGCGGUGGAAGUUUUUUGAUAGGUUCUGUAAAAAGUUAAAAAAAACUUGUUAAUGUGGCUCUUGAAAGUAUGUUAAAAAUCAGGUCUUCUGAAGCAUCCAGCUAGUCUUCUUACGCCUGUAUAGCAAACUUAUCAUGCUGUGAGGUUUAUUAGAAUCAGUUUUUUCCCUUUCUUAUUUCCGUCAACAAAAACUCAUAAAACUUGUGUAGGACUUUUCAAUGUUAUCUACAGCUUUAGAAGGUCAAUUUUCA